AUGUCUUAUUUUGGUGUCGGAAUUUAUUUCUUGACUUUAUUGUGGUAUAUAACAUUAUUAUUGUGUUGGGUAUCUGUGCGCACAGGUCAUUAUAUAGGGAAAGUAUCUGUGAUCGUUUCUAUUUUAUUUACUAUAAUUAUAAUAUUGCUGCCAAAAGGGGCGACAUACCAUUCAGUCGAUGCGGUUGCCAACUUUUACGACCACUUGUUUGUAUCUAGAUUUUUGAUUUUUUCGUUUUUGCUUGUUAGUGGAAUAACUGGUUCCAUCUAUUGUUUCGUUCACGUAUGCCUUGCGCCUAUUGAAACUAAAAAAGUCAAGAGCUUUGGUAGUCUGAAUUGA